UGUAAGAUUUCCUUGUAACCUUGAAGAAUCAAAGACCAAUAAAGAUGUCUUCUGGCUGGGAUAGCAGUGGAGUCAGUUUCGUAAUGUCCGCCUCCAAUCUCACAAUCACUGAGAUAAUGGACAUGGGUUUUGUUGCUAGAGCACAAAACAGUUCCUCUCCUUGUCCUGCUCAGCUUGAGCAGUGGGACCAUCGGAUACGUCCAAAGCAUGGGGAGUCUCCAUACCUACUCAAAGUUUCAGAGUCAACACCACUGAUUAGUGGAGGAGCAAAGCCUUGGCUAGGUGGGGAAGAAAAUCUGCCCCUUCUAAACAGGUCUUCAUUGAACCCAGAUAGUACAGUCUUUGAACUCUCAUCCUUGGUUUCUGAACCUCAAACCCAAUUCAACAACUCCAUUGUAGAGGUCUUCUAUGGUGCCAAGGUGUCCACCCCUUAUAAAAAGGAACAAAACUUUGAGACCUCUGAUACUAUGGUUGCAGAUGACCCAGUCUCCAAGCUACAAGAUUCUGAGUUGAUGGUUAGUGCAGCUGGUCUACAAAAGUCUGCACCACCAAUGUGGGAGCUCUCUGAAAUAAACUCAGCAGUAGAAGAGAGUACUCCUUCCCUAGAUGUCUCAAUCUCUGACUUGCGGUUUCAAAGUAGCUCUGAUCGUGAGCCACCUCCCACCGCCCAGGCAACUGCUACUCCUACACCUCAUUGGGUAGGUGCAACACAUAAGGAUAUAGGACGCUCCUAUCUACAGCCUUUCCGAUAUCAACGGCAGUUGAGUGCCUCUGAAAUCCCUAUUCCUAGCAUUGUGCCACCACUACGAUCUUUAAAUUUAUCAGCAUUUUCUUUUGAUGAACUUGGUCGAGAAUGGCAAAUUGAGGUUACAGCUGGACCCAACUCUCCAGCUGGGACAGUGGCUGCAUGUGGGCCCUAAUUGAAUCCUUAGUCUAGC